AUGAUGGAAUCGAAGGCGCUCACGUUCCUUUGCUGUGUUAUUCUCAUCAAUCUUGCCAAUUCCCAAGAUCAAUCAGGAUUCAUUAGCAUAGAUUGCGGAUUACAACCGGAGAAUCUAAGCUACACGGAUACAUCAACCGGAAUAAAAUAUGUUUCGGACUCGAGUUUUACGGAUACAGGAACAAGCAAUCUCGUGUCGCCUGAGAACAGAGCAAACGUAAAACAGAGCAUGUGGUCUUUUAGAAGUUUUCCAGAAGGAAUCAGAAACUGCUACACGAUUCCUGUCAACAACAGCAACAAGUAUCUGAUCCGAGCAGCAUUCAUGUACGGAAACUACGAUUCGAGAGACGAGAUCCCCGAAUUCGAUCUUCAUUUGGGUCCAAACAAAUGGGACACUGUUAAAUUCGAGUCUCCUCUGCAAACAGAGUCCAAGGAGAUCAUAUACUCUGUUUCAACAGACACGUUACAAGUUUGUUUGGUGAAUACAGGGAACGGUACGCCGUUUAUCUCGGUGCUGGAGCUUAGAAUGUUGCCGAACUCGUCUUACGUAGCUCAAUCUGAAUCGCUUCAGCUCUUUCAACGGUUGGAUUUCGGAUCGUCGUUGAUGAAUCAAACGGUUAGGUUUCCGGAUGAUGUUUUUGACCGGAUAUGGUCUCCUUCAACGCCAAAAGGUUCAAAGGGUGUAAGUGAUCCGUCGACUUCUCUGCCACGCAACAGUAGUGGUAGCUUCCGUCUUCCGCAAGUUAUCAUGAGAACUGCGGUUAUACCCGAAACCCUAGGUGGGUCUUUGGAUUUUGGGUGGACUGCUGAUGAUCCUUCUCUUGAGUUUUACUUUUACAUGUACUUCACGGAGAUUCAAGAACCGGAUUCGAACUCUCAAGAACGGAGAGAGUUCGUCAUUUCGCUCAACGGGGAGACGUUUUCGGAGCCGCUUAGUCUUGAUUACUCCAAGACCUUGGUUCUGUUCGUUUCAAAGCCUUUGAGAGAAGAGAGCUUCCAGUUUUCUCUUCGUCAGACUCGGAGCUCGACUCUUCCUCCUCUCAUCAACGCUAUGGAGACUUACUUUGGAAACAAACUUCCUCAGUCUUCAACUGAUCAAAACGACCUUUCCGCUAUGAGGAAUAUUAAGUCUGCAUAUAAAGUCAAGAGAAACUGGCAAGGAGAUGUUUGUGUGCCUCAGGCUUACACAUGGGAAGGUGUGAAUUGUAGCUCCAGUGGCACAAGCAUGCCUAGAGUUAUAUUUUUAAACUUAUCAUCCUCCGGAUUGACAGGAGAUAUAGCGUUUGACAUAUCGCUUCUUUCACAGUUACAAAUCCUGGACUUGUCAGACAACAAUUUGACCGGACCAGUACCGGCUUUCUUAGCUCAGCUUCAGUUCCUGAGAGUCCUGAAUUUGGCAAACAACCAGCUUAGUGGUCCUAUACCUUCUACUCUCAUGGAGAAAACACAGAACGGCAUGUCCUUCAGUAUCAAAGGGAAUCCAAGUGUUUGUACUGAAACUGCUUGUAGAGAGGUCACAGGAAACAAAUCCAAGAAGAACAAACUUCCAGGCUUUGUUAUUCCUUUGGUUGCAUCACUUGCAGGGCUGUUUCUCAUUGCUACUAUAUUCAUACUCUUUAUCCUCAUUAGAAAGAAGAAACAAGGUAGAAUGAUUCACAGGAUGGUUACAUCUACGAGUAAUGGACCGUCGUCGUUACAGAGGAGAGACACCGGUUCAAUGCGUCCAUUGCAAAGAAGAGAAACCGGUUUUUCGACACGUCCGUCUUUACAGAGAAUAGAGAGCGGAAUGACUGACUACGAAGGGAAUGAAAUAGCAAACGAUGCGUUUGAUUUGGAACCGACGAACAGGAAGUUUACAUACGCAGAGAUUGUGAACAUCACAAAUGGUUUCGAGAGAGAUCAAGGGAAGGUGGGAUUUGGAAGAAACUACCUCGGAAAGUUAGAUGGUAAAGAAGUAACUGUCAAGCUUGUUUCUUCCUUGUCUUCUCAAGGCUACAAACAACUCAGAGCAGAGGUCAAACACCUUUUCAGAAUACAUCAUAAAAACCUUAUAACCAUGCUUGGUUACUGCAACGAAGGCGAUAAACUCGCGGUUAUCUACGAGUACAUGGCUAACGGAAACUUGAAACAACAUAUCUCAGAGAACAGUUCAACUGUUUUCAGCUGGGAAGAUAGACUUGGAAUCGCAGUCGAUGUUGCACAAGGACUUGAGUAUUUGCAUACUGGCUGCACGCCACCGAUCAUCCACAGAAACGUCAAGUGUACAAAUGUGUUCUUGGAUGGGAGUUUCAAUGCGAAGUUAGGCGGUUUUGGUCUUUCGAGAGCGUUUGAUGCAGCAGAAGGAAGUCAUUUGAAUACAGCCAUCGCCGGGACGCCUGGAUAUGUUGAUCCCGAGUAUUACACAUCAAACAAUCUAACAGAGAAGAGCGAUGUGUACAGUUUUGGUGUUGUUCUGUUAGAGAUCGUUACUGCGAAACCUGCCAUCAUAAAGAGUGAGGAAAGGAUGCAUAUAAGCCAAUGGGUUGAGUCUUUGCUCUCUAGAGAGAACAUCGUGGAGAUUCUUGACCCGAGCCUUUGUGGAGACUAUGAUCCAAACUCUGCGUUUAAGACCGUGGAGAUAGCCGUGGCUUGUGUUUGUCGAAACUCUGGCGAGAGACCUGGGAUGAGUCAAGUGGUGACGGCUCUUAAGGAGAGUUUGGCUGUAGAAAUUGAGAGGAAAAAGGAUUUGCCGGUUUUAUCAACAGAUUCAGUUGAAGAUCUUGCACUUGGCUUUGGUUCCAAUCCACCUCCUCGUUUGAGAUGA